CCGCCAUGGUCAGGGGACCUCAGGCGGUCGGGGCUGCCCUUGGCGCUGCCUGAGCCGGCCCAGCCUCAGAGUCGGACUGCGCGCAGCCUGGACGGGAGAGCAGAGGGCAGCGUGUGGUGUGCAGCAGACCCUUGGGAAAGCCUGUGUCCAGAUGUGGCAGCAGCAGCCUGGCACGGAGAUUCUUACAGAGAAGCUUCAGGAGUGCUUGCAGGUGUGGCGCCCCAGUGCCACAUGAAGUAGGGCAUGGGUGUGGUACCUAGGAGUACCACUGGGAUGCUGUUGGCCGCAAUCUCAUUGGGUCUCCUGUUGUUAGCCCUCCUCCUGCUCCUGCGACACUUUGGCUGGGCCUUGCUGGUUAUUUGCUGGUUUGAGUUCGUGCAGCAGCCAGUCCGCAACCUGAUCAUGGGUGACACAAAGGAGCAGCGCAUCCUGCGCCAUGUGCAGCAGCACGCAAAGCCUGGAGACCCCCAGAGCGUCCUGGAGGCCAUCGACACCUACUGCACACAGAAGGAGUGGGCCAUGAAUGUGGGUGACGCCAAAGGCCAAAUCAUGGAUGCAGUGAUCCGGGAGUACAACCCCUCACUGGUGCUGGAGCUGGGAGCUUACUGUGGCUACUCUGCUGUGCGAAUGGCCCGCCUGCUGCCACCCGGGGCCAGGCUCCUCACCAUGGAGAUAAACCCUGACUACGCUGCCAUCACCCAGCAGAUGCUGAACUUUGCAGGCCUACAGGACAAAGUCACCAUCCUCAAUGGGGCGUCCCAGGACCUUAUCCCCCAGCUGAAGAAGAAAUACGAAGUGGAUACAUUAGACAUGGUCUUCAUUGACCACUGGAAAGACCGCUACCUUCCAGACACACUUCUCCUGGAGGAAUGUGGUCUGCUGCGCAAGGGGACGGUGCUCCUGGCUGACAAUGUCAUUGUCCCGGGAACCCCUGAUUUCCUGGCAUAUGUGAGGGGGAGCAGCAGCUUCGAGUGCACACACUACAGUUCCUACCUGGAGUACAUGAAAGUGGUGGACGGCUUGGAGAAGGCCGUCUACCAGGGUCCCAGCAGCCCGGUGAAGUCCUGACCACGCAGCCCUCCCUGGACUGCCCUUCCAGCUUCCUUCUACACGAUGACAUAAACUCAUUCCGACCCCCUCUAUGCUUCUGAGGCCUGUCCUCAGGGACUGUGGUUCCAGAUUGUCAUACACUAACUAGCACAUUCUAAAGGUAGUGAGCUCACCAUGCAAACCACUAUAACAACCCUGGAAAGCACCUGUGGAUAAAAGGCUGCAUUGGGGCCAGAGGGGCAGUAGAUCACAGUGCCUGCCCGGCACGCAAAAGCCCUCAAGCUUAAUCCUCUGCACCCAAGAACAAAAAGGGAGAUUUUUUUAAAAAAUCAAAGCAGGUGUCAUCUUGAUGGUCUCACUAACUGGAAGAGGCAAUUUUCACAGGGUUCUAGUGUGGGACCCCUGGGCACUGCCAUCACCCAUUAGGCCAGCAAUAAGUCAGGAAAUUGAACAUAUCCAGAUACCAUUCGGAUGUCACCAAAUGUCAGCAAUGACUCAGAGACAGUACUGUCACCAGCAACUCAUACCACACUUUUUCUUAAGAACGAGUCACAAACUUUUCAGGUGUGAUGGUGCACGCCUUUAAUCCUAGUAUCCAGGAGGCAGAGGCAGAUGGAUCUGAGUUCAGUGCUAGCCUGGUCUACAUAGUGAGUUCCAGGGCAGCCAGGGCUACAUAGAAAUACUUUGAAAAAAAAAGUUAUAACCUCUUUUAUAUUACAAAAGGAAUUAAAGAUCUGCAUAUUUGGGUGCAAGAAA